AUGGCGCAGGAGACGCCAUGGUUCAAGAUGUUGGGCUCGGGACAGGCGAGAUCUUGGGCAAUGGUCAUUCUGGGCAUGCUUGUUCUGCUGAGGCUUCGAUUGAUUCUUUUCGCAGCAGCAUUGCCGCUGGUCGUGUACUGGUUCGAGGUUCAUGUGCCCAGAGCCGAGGACGAAGCCGCUGAAGAGGAUGCGGAGCCAGAUGAGCCCGAAGGGUCAGCGCAGGAAGAGGAGGACAAGGAGGAGUCCCAAGAGAUUUACGACCACGAUUUCUGGUCAGACAAGGUCAAGUCAAACAGCAGGGACUUGGGAUUCUCUUGGGAAGGUCGAGAUGAGCUGGACGAUUUGUUAGACGGGGACUCACACCCCAAAGGCCAGCGGGAAGUGAAGGAGUCCAGGGACACGCUGGACUUCGACUUCGGCCUAGGUGGAGAUUCCAAAGACAAGGACCUUAAGGACUUUGGCGACUUUGGUUUAGGCUUGGAGAAAGAUUUCGGCCUUGACCGCGAACCGGACUUCGACUUCGGCUCCUUCGGCAAUGGUCACAGAGGCAAGGGCAAGGAGCCGAGAGACGGGAAGGACUCUCACAAAGGAAAGUCGAAGGAGCCUCGGGAAGCGGAUCCGAAGCAGGUGUUCAUUGCGAACAUCGGUGAAGCCAACGAGGACGAGCUUCGAAACUUCUUCGAGGCUGCUGGAGAGGUUGAGCGGCUCAAGGUCUUGCGAAACCCAGAUGGCGGUUCCAAGGGGAUCGGCUUUGUGACGUUUCGCACGGAAGAACAGGCACAGAAGGCCCUCAGCUUUCACAACAGAGCCUUUGAGGAUGGCCACAUCGUGGUGCGUUUGGCCCACGGAGGCAAAGGCAAAGGCGACCGAGAGAAAGGUGAUAAGGGCGAAGGACGUGAUGGACGAGGCGACUUCAAUCGAGAUCGCGAUGGGCGAGACCGUGGCAAAGGGCGGGGCCGAGGAGGAGGAGGCAAAGGCAAAUUGCCCAUGGCUAACGUGGAGGAGCUACUAGAGUCGGCUCUCGCGAGUCAGGACGGCCCGCUCAAGGUCAGCGACUUUGAUUUCACAGCCAAAAAGUUUGUGGCUGAGCUACACAACCGCGACCGUGCUGAUGGUGGCUCUCGUUUCCAGGAGGCUUCCAGCAUUGAGCAUGCUUGGUGUGACUUUGUUUGUAAGGUUAGACCACAGUUCGUCAACGUGAGUUUAGAAGCUUGCCCUUGCCUGCCAGCUUCCCUCGACAUGUUCAAAGCUUGUAGCCUCUUGUAG